AUGGAAAUAGCCGAGGGUAAUACGUUUGCCUCAAACUUUCCUCCGAUAAUUCACAUGCAAUCAGGGGGUAACAUUCAGGAAGUGAAUGAAAACAUUGAUAUUGGAACGAAGCUUUUCAAUAUCACAGCACAAGACAGAAAUGGUGGAACUGUAACUGUUAGAGCAACAGGAGAAACCAGUGACCUCGUUACAAUCAAUCAAACACAAAGUGGUGCCUGGGGAGUUUUUCUGAAAAAGAAGCUAGAUAGAGAGACACAAUCACAACAUCUGCUAAGAUUCAUUGCAAUUAGCAGCAAAAAUGAUGCUCCUUCGCAAUCCUUAGAGGUAACCCUUUUUGUGAAUGACGUAAAUGAUGAACCACCCAAAUUCUCACAACUAGCGUACCGUGUCCAAGUCCCAGAGUCUGCUGGCCAGGCGUCUGCACUGUAUGGAAAUACAUUCAUCAUAAAUCCACUGAAUGGACAAGUCACCCUAAAUCAACCCCUUGAUUAUGAGAGAUUAACAUUCUAUCAGUAUACACUGAUUGCCAAGGAUGGCGGCAACCCUAAACGUACCAGUACGGCAGACCUAUUGAUUACUAUUUUAGAUGUUCAGGACACGCCACCCAUUUUCCAGGGAUUACCAUACAUGACAACAAUUAAAGAAAACUAUUCUGUGGGGACAACUAUUUUCAGAGUUUUCGCUGUUGAUGGUGACACUGGUAUACCAAAUAAUAUAACUUACAGUUUUUCUUCAGGUACAAAAAAUUGCUCACAAUUUCUUUCUGUGGAUCGGAACUCUGGUAAUAUCACAAUUAACAAGACAAUGGACAGAGAUGAUGGACCUAUAAAACAGUUACGUGGAGUCUGCACUGUGAAUGUGAAAGCAUCAGAGGUUACAAAUAAACCCAGCAAUCUGACAAAGACAGUUAAACCAUUCACCAUUACCAUAGAAGAUGUGAAUGACAACGGACCAAUAUUUAAUCAAUCAACUUAUUAUGGGUCUGUAAAAGAAAACAUGACGGAUAUCCCUAUAACAAUAUCUGGGGAUGGACUUUAUGUUAAAGAUAUUGACCAGGUAAUGGGAAACGAUGAUAUCAAACUCCAGGUUUACAAAAACGACAGUAAUAAUAAAUCCAAUGAUAUUGUGGCUUCACCUAGUUUGGUGUACUCUGAGGGGACUUUUCUGCUUCGUUUGACGAAUAACUUCAAGUUUGAUUAUGAAAAAUACUCAAAAAUUGAUUUACUAAUAAAGGCAGAAGACAAGAGAAAUUCAAGUAUGUCCAGUGUCUGUACCGUACAUGUUACAAUCAACGACACCAACGAUAACGAUCCUAUUUUCAAAAACACAAAGGGAAACUUCUCUGUUCCUGAAAACAGCUGUUUCAACACAACAGUCACAGAGAUAAAGGCAACAGAUGCCGAUUCUGGGAAAUAUUCCGAAAUAACAUACCGUCUGCAAGGAAGCAACAGUUUUGACAUAGACAGUACCACUGGUCGGAUUUUUGUCAAUUGUAAUAAAAGCUGCAGUGAGGAAUGUAAAAAUACAGAGUGUGAUAGCAGUUGUCUGGACAGGGAAAAGAAAGAUAUGUAUUAUCUCACAGCAGAAGCUCAAGAUGGCGGUGGACGAAGAGCCUCGGUUUCGAUUGUUGUUCAUCUAACUGAUACAAAUGACAAUAAACCAAUUUUUCGCGAUAGCUCAUACAGAGUGGGACUAGAUGAAGAUUCGACAGUUUUUUCCACAGGAAAUGCUAUUUUCAAAGUGGAGGCUACUGAUAAAGAUAUUGGCAACAAUAAUAAGAUAUCAUAUAGGAUUGUGUCUUCCGACGAUAACCAAGGUCUUCACAACAACUUUACAAUGGAUGAGGAAAAUGGAACUGUAACAAUAAGCGGUUCAAUAGAUUAUGAAAAUUUACCAGAGGCUAUAAAUGGACAAAUCAUUCUCAUCUUGGUUGCAGAAGACCAUGGAUCCCCGGUUCAAAGUACAAAUGUCACACUGACGGUAGAUAUUAAGGAUAUUAACGACAAUACUCCAGAGUUUCUACAGUCAUAUAACAGCACCAUAGAGGAAAAUUCGAAUAGUGGAGCCUUUGUAAUAGCUGUAUCUGCAGUGGACAACGACAAAACGAUACCUAAUAAUCAAACAGCCUACUUUAUAGAAAAGGGUGGUUCCGAUCAAUUUACGAUUGAUGGCACUUCAGGGAAUAUAACUGUUCAGAUUGGAGCAAACCUAGACAGGGAAAUCGUUCCUGGCUACAACCUUACUGUUGUUGCUAUAGACAAGGGGGUUCCUCAGAGGACCGGAAGUGUGUCAGUGAUUGUAACGGUGGAAGACGAAAAUGACACCCCUCCAUCUUGGAAGAACUUACCAAAGACUGUUGAUGUGCAUGAGAAUAGCACUGUUAACAAUAUUACAACUUGUAUUGGUAUAGAUUUAGACGUAAACAGUAGUUUACAUUAUUCAAUUAUACCGAUCAGCGCUACGGAUGUAGAAGGAAAUCCAGUAAAUGUGUCACAGAUGAAGGACGUAGUCACCAUAAACAGGUUGUCUGGAGAAGUGUCUGCUUUGGAGGAUGAACUGGAUGCAGAAAGAGCGAUAAAGUUAAUCUUUAAUGUGACCGUCAACGACAGUAACACUCUUAAAAACAACCCUAAUGCUACAAGUGAGCUGACGAUAAAUAUCAUUGAUAUCAAUGAUAAUCCUCCAGUUUUUCCUCAUUUGAUCUAUUCUGCAAAGAUCCUGGAAAAUGUCCUCGAUGAUACCUAUGUGACUUUAAUGAAAGCGACUGAUGCGGAUAUCAACGAAGAAAAUAGAAAUAUAUCAUACUAUAUAGAUGACACAAAUGCUCCAUUUGCUAUUGACCAGAAGUCGGGUGUAGUUCAAAAAGUUGAAAAGGUUGACCGAGAAGUGAAAGACCAAUGGAACGUUACAAUAAGGGCUACAGAUUCAUUGUUUAACACUACUACUGAACUUUGUAUUAACAUAUUGGAUUUCAACGACAACACACCUUACUUCCUUAAUGAAACAUACAUAUUUCAUAUCGAGGAAGAUACAUACAAUGUAACCACAAAAAUUGGAACAAUUUAUGCUAAUGAUGAAGACAUAGGAGAAAAUGCGAAAAUCAGGUUUUCUAUCACAGGAGGGAACGACCAAGGACAUUUCGAUAUAGACUCAGACACGGGUGAUUUAUUAGUAAAAGGUGAUAUUGACAGAGAAAUGCACUCUAUAUACCAUCUGACCAUAACAAUACAGGACAGUCCAAAUGUCAAAGCGGAAACGAAGCGUAAUUCAACACAAGUAGUUGUUUACGUACAGGAUGUCAACGACAAUGCACCAAUUUUUACAAAUGACUCUCACAUUAUCGUUAUAAUAAAAGAGACAACAUCAAUAGGAACCACAGUUAAAGUCGUGGAAGCCAUUGAUAAGGAUUAUGAUAUUAAUAGCAAUGUUUGGUACAGGCUUGGUGAUGGAGGAAAUGUUUCGGACGAUUGGUUUGCUAUUAACACAGACACGGGUGUAAUAAAUGUCAAUAACAGCCUGAAAGAUCAGGCUGGAAAUUAUACAGUUGAAGUGAUAGCAACUGACAAAGGUUCUCCUUCCAUGAAUACUUCACUUUUAGUAGGAAUACGCAUCUUAGAUGAAAAUCUUCACUCCCCGGCUUUUACUCGAUUACCUGCAAACAAUACUGUGAGCGUUUACGAGUGUGCAAAAUUUAAUACUUCAAUAUUUGAAAUUGAUGCAACGGAUGCUGAUAAAGAUUAUGAAAACCACUUCAUCACAUACCAGUUCCGCUAUGCAAACUCUUCCUCAGGGCAAAAUUUUGAAUCAUUCCAUAUAAAUAAUAAAACUGGAAGGAUAUCCCUUGUGAAGAACAUUGACCAUGAAAUUAGACCUUUGUAUUCAAUAUCCGUGAUAUGUACAGACCAUGGAGAACCACCACGCUCAACCAUCUCACCAUUUUUUACGAUACAAGUUUUAGAUGUUAAUGAUAAUCCUCCAGAGUUUACCCAAAAUUUUACAAAUGUAGAGGUCAAGGAGAACAGGAACAAUACAUUAGUGACCACUGUCAGAGCUGUUGAUAAGGAUUCCAUGGCAGUUAUUCAAUAUAGUAUCGAAAAGGGAGACCAUUCAGAUUUCUUCCAAAUUGACAACAGAACUGGAGAAGUAAGAACAAUUAAAUCUUUAGAUCGAGAGGAGAUUGAUAUCAUCACGUUAACAGUUAAAGCUGUAGACGUCACUAAGCCAGAGAAUCUUUCAUCGCAGUGUGAUAUAAAACUAAAAGAAAAGCCAGACACAAAAAUGAAAAUCCAAGUAGCUGUGCAGGAUGAGAACGAUAACCCACCAAAGUUUACCCAUAACUACCUAUCUAAAGGCAUUCUUAGUAACAUUAAGUUUGGUACAGUCGUGAUUGACCUUACGGAACAGGUCACUGACAGGGAUGUAUCAGCUGAUAACCGUAAACACCACUUCUAUGCAACUUCCAUUACUUAUACUGGACCAUUAAAGAAAGAAAUAGAAAACAAAUUAGAGAAAAAUAGUUCUAUGGCAUUUUGUGUUCAUCUUAAUGGUUCAGUAGUCACUAAUAUUGUUUUUCCUGAGACAAUGAAAGGAUUAGCUAAUCUUAAUCUUCUUGCUAAUGAUUCUUCAGGAAAUACUACUGCCUAUCUCAAGUUGUACAUUAUCAGUGUUUCACAGAUGGUUGCCAUGAAAUUUAUAAAAACCAAACCACAAUUGAACGAAAUAAAACUCGAUGUACUAAAAACGUAUUCAACCAUCCUGGAAUAUGACUUUGUUUAUGAUGAAAUGGAGGCUUAUGUGACAGGAGGGAAACCAGACCCCUUUACGACUUUGCUGAAAUUUCAUGUGGUUGACAGGGACACAGACAGAGUUUUAGAGGCUACAGAAGUAAUUAAUUUGCUAGAUGGCGUUUCUGGACAGAAAAGUAACGAUCUCUCGAAUGCCAGAAUUAAAUACUCGAUAAUGUCCAUAAAUUCGCUGCAAACGAAGUCGGCAGAACAGUCUAGUCUAAGAAUUAAGGAGAGAUACAUUUUUAUAGCUGUUAUAGUACUUCUCAGUGUAAUCUUGUGUGUCAUUUUAUAUUUCUUCAUCAAUAGUACUUCAAGGUACAAAACAAAACUAAAAGCCGCUAAUAUUCCAACAACAGAUCGAAGAAAUGGAAAAAAGGAAAGCUUAUAUCUCCCUGGAAGUAACGUUUACUCAUCCACAAAAAAUCCUUUGAUGAACAAAGAAGAGGAAGUAAAGAGAAGCAUGGAGAACCUGGAUAAAUUAGAUGAUGUCAGUGUAUCUGGAAGGUAA